AUGAAGAUCAUUGUUGAGGGAGCCGACAGUACCGACACGGAAUCAUCUUUAUGCGUCACAGUCUUAAGCGCGGUCGACUCGACUUCGAAUUCCACUGAGAACUCCAACACGUACGACUUCACGCAGUUGGACGUUUCAGAGUCAAACGAAGAGGAGCGACGCAAGAGUGGUGGCGAAAGUGGCGGGCGUACAAGUGGUGGAGCCCGCUAUAAUAGCGCCUCGUGA